UGAACCAUGGCAGAGAGAUGCAAGUGUAGCUAGUAGAGCGCCGUUAAACCGCCCCGUUGUUUGAACCACGGGACGAUCACGGAGUGCCGUUAGCUAGAUCAACGGUAGCUAACACGGAGCCGAAAAUGCACUCUGUACGGAAACGUCGAAGCAACGCUUUACUCAGGACGAAACAAAAUAGCACUCCUAGUGGUUCGAAGGAAAAUGUGCCACAGAAGAAAAGACAGCACUUCCACUUUGACCUGUGGUUCUGUCUGACUCUGCAGAACUGGAUACUGGACUUCGGAAGGCCUAUUGUCAUGAUCGUCCUUCCUCUGGAAUGGUUUCCCCUGAACAAGCCCAGUGCUGGAGACUAUUUCCACAUGGCCUACAAUGUCAUAACACCAUUCCUGAUGCUCAAGCUGAUUGAGCGCAGUUCCAGCGCGCUGCCUCGCUCAGCAGUCUAUCUCUGCAUCAUCACUUUUGUCAUGGGAGCCAGCAUCCACCUUGUGGGAGACUCCAUCAACCACCGGCUCAUCCUGAGUGGCUACCAGCUCCACCUGUCAGUCAGAGAGAACCCCAUCAUCAAAGACCUUAAACCUGCUUCGCUGAUUGACUCUUUUGAGCUGCUGUAUUAUUAUGAUGAACAGCUGGGACACUUGAUGUGGUAUAUUCCUUUCUUCAUCAUUCUGUUCAUCUACUUUACCGGCUGCUUCACCGAGGCUGAAGGGCAGAAGAAGAUUCCCGUCUCUGGUUGGCUGCUGCUGGGACCCAGCUCUCUCUACUACUGGUACUUGGUCACUGAAGGACAAAUUACAGAAAUUUUCCUCCUCACCUUCCUUGCCAUGGUUGCCACGGUGAUACGUCAACAGCAUAAAGGCCUCAGCCCGGACAGCAACGGCCUGUUCCUGUUCUGUAGUUUCAGUGUUACUGUGCUCCUGGUGGCACUGUGGGUGGUCUAUCUGUGGAACGACCCGGUGCUACGCAGCAAGUACCCGGGGCUCAUUUAUGUGCCAGAACCGUGGUCCUACUACACCUUACAUAUCAAGAAUAACCACUGACUUACACCUACUGAGGUCUGUGAUACUUUGUGAUUGAAGAAAAAAUAUUUCUGAAUGCCUUGACAUCGGAUGCCACUUAGAUUUGUAUGAACUGACUGAUGCUUCUUUUUACUUUAAAUUCUUUGUUCUUCUUUAUCUCUCUUUCUUCCUCCUGUCUAUAUCUCUAUUGAUAGACACACAGUGUUCAACAAGUUGGAACUGUGAUGCUUGUUGAAAAGUUGCCCAUUCUCACAUGCAAGCAAACCUGCUCGGAUGUUGUGACAUGAGAUCUGACACUAUGACUACAUGUCAUAAAGUAGGCCAGCACCGCUCAACGUGUACAUGUGACGUACCGCAGGUUAUCAGGAAUAACUGAGACGUGUCGCUGCUCAUAUCUCGCAGGAAAAGAUCUAUUUAAUGUUUAAGAUUUUCUGCAUUUUUAUCCCACUUUCACAAUCACUGAUGUUAGCUCUCAGUGACAAACACCCAAAGCAUGUUGUUUAAUCACAGCCUGAUUAUCUAUAAUUAGCUGUUUUUUAACUGACGGUGUAAAAACAUGGUUGGGAUUAACACACAAGGCAAAAGUUGGUAAAAAAAAAAUGCAGGAGCCACCUUAGGGCCCCUUAAAAACCUGGCUAGCAGGUGCUCAUCCUGCGUUUGCAUCCAAACAAAACUUAACCAGCGAAGUGAAUGACAGAGUUGACCUUUUACGUAGAAGCUCAAGAUGAAUGUAUGUGUGGCAUAUUCUGUGAAGAAUGAGAAGAAAUUCUAACCUUGCUUGUGCUCAUCAAAGAAUCCAGACUAUUGAUUCCUCGAUGCUUUGAGGUUGAUCUUUCAGAGAUCAGAAGAGGAAAAAAAAGAGUCAGGUUGUUCGAUAAAUGGGCUGCCUCCGUGGCCUCCAAGAACGAAAUGAAGAAGAAGAUGGCAGUCAUUCCUCACUGAUUACCUCAACACACAGGUAUAAAAGAUAAUUUUAAGUUAGCACGUGUUAAAUGAGAUAAACUUCAGAUAUAUCAAAUCAAAUCAAGCCUUAUUGUCACUUUGCUGUACAUACACCUGCAGUGCAGACAAAAUGAGAGCGAGGAGAGUGAAGGUAAAAACAAAAGAAAUAAAAAUCGUAAUAAUAAAUACUAAAGAGAAAAACAAACACACCCAAAAACCUGCAAACAGCCCCCAUCCCCCUGACCCUCCACCCCUAAGUUAGUAAUGGUGGAUAUGUCUGCAAUUCAGCAGUUCAGUACUCUAACAUCUUGUGGUAGGAAGCUGUUGAUGAGUCUGGGGGUUCUGCCUUUUAUGCUCCGAUACCUUUUGCCCGAAGGCAGCAGUUCGGUGGAGAGGGUGUGAGAAGUCCGUUCAGAGCUCUGCUACUGCAGCAGCUCUGGUAGAGAUCUUGGACUGAGGGGGACUGUCAGCCAUACUGCAGCUGAAGUACCAUGUGGACAUGCAGUAUGUCAGGACGCACUCCACCAUGCCUCUGUAAAAAGUCCUGAGGAUGCUGGUGGGGAAGAGGCUUUUUUUUUUGCCGGGCCCACUUUUGUUAUCGCUGAGUCUGAGUCCUCUGGAGGUCGAUGAUCAUUUCCUUGGUUUUGUCCACAUUCAGCACCAGGUUGUUCAGUCUGCACCAGUCCACCAGGUGAUCUACUUCCUCCCUGUAGACUGAUUUGUCGUUUCCCCAGAUGAGGGCCACCACUGUGGUGUCAUCCGCAAACUUUGUAAUCGUGUUCCCCUCAGUUCUGGCUGCACAGUUGUGCAGUAGUAGUAGUAGUAGUAGUAGUGUAAAGAGUUGUGCAAAGAAGUUGUCGAGUCUGUCGGGAAUCGAGGCAUCGUCAUCCUCAACCCUCUGCCUGGACUUGUAAUCCAUCAGCACGUGAACUCCCUGCCACAUUCGUUUGAUGUUUCCUGUGUCACAGAGGUGUCGUUGGAUUUUCUCUGCGUAGGUGCGUUUCGCAGCCUUGAUCCCCUUGGAGGAUUUAUACAGAUAAAGAUAUAAGAUAUAAAUGUAAGGUACCAUUUGGAGAACAGUAUAUUAAAUGGAGGACUGAUUCAGAGCUAUAAUUAAAAAAAAGAAAACAUUCUCAGGUAUGUAAGGUUUCACGCUUUGACAGAUUUCAGUGAAAUUUAUUUGUCGUUCAUUUAGACAUGGGAGCUGUUUCCAUACGUGGUCAUAGUACUAUUAAAUAGAGAGCUACGUUUAUUAUUGAAUUAUAACCCUGCCCUGUUGCCAGCAUACAGUCACUGACAACAUACUGUUCUAUACUGCACUAUAGGAGUAUAUGUAAUGAACAUGUAACAGUGUUCAGUGUGAGAAUAAGUCUGUUGUACAGACUCUUUAAUACUAUUCAAAAGGUCAAGGAAAACCGAGGAGCAGAUGACUAUUAAGGUACAGAUGAAAACUUUUUUUUAAUAAAAACAACUAAAACUUUUACUUUGCUUUUUUUUUUUUUUACAUGGUGAGGGUACAUCUUUUUCUUUAGAGUUGCUGUUCUUGAUAUAAUAUUGCCAUUGUUCAUGUCUUGUGUAUUAUUGUUCCUUUGCUUAAGAUCACUUUGUUGCUUGGAAAAUACCGUGUAGUUACAGUUUAGUUACUGGUUCCUCACUGGUAAGAUUUUGCGUCUGUCUAUUUUAAUUAAAAGGUUAAAACUUA